UUCCGUCGAUCUCAAUGUGUCCAUUGUCCAGACGGCCAGUGUUCAUUUUACCAUAAUAUUCUCUUCGCGUUUCUAUACACGUAGUUUACAGCGCUGCCCGUUGUUUUUCAAUUUUUCGACAUUUCGUCUGUCGGCGUUUGUGUUCCUGCCGUUGAUAUCCAUUUUCCGGUUACCUUCUAACGACAGCCAUGUCUACUAUGUUGGUAAUCGAAUCUGCUAUGGCUGGUCUGGUGAUCGGUCGUGGAGGAGCUACGAUCAAGACUAUACAACAGGAUAGCGGUGCGAAGGUAAAACUAACCGACGGCGACACAGCGGACACAAAAAACGUGAAGAUAAUUGGCAGUGAAGACGCGCAGCGUUUAGCCAGCGGCAUGAUAGAAAAGAUUGUCGGAAAAUUGCUUCGGUCCGAAACAAUUUCCACGCCGCCGUCAUUUCGACAGGCACGUGGUAGAGGUGCGGGGAAACCACGAACGAUCAAGAGAGAAAAGUCUCCGGAAGAAAAGAUCAACUUCAGUGACGAUGUUUGGGAGGAAGUACUACGGGAGAACAAGCAAAGGGAGCUGGAGUUGUUACAAUCGUUGCCGCCGAUCGUCAAGGAUUUCUACGUGGAACAUAGUCAAGUAAAGGCUAUGUCUGACAAAGAAGUUCAAUCAUUCAGAACUGCCCAAAACGGGAUUACUGUCCAGUAUGUGGUUGGCGCUGAAUGUUUCCGACCAAUACCGAAGCCAAUAAAAACAUUUGAGCAUGCUUUUGGCUCAUAUCCAGAUAUUAUGAAGGUAAUUAAAAAACAGAAGUUUAUUACGCCAUCACCUAUACAGUGUCAAGCAUGGCCGAUAAUUAUGAGUGGACAUGACUUAAUAGCUAUUGCCCAAACGGGUACAGGCAAGACAUUAGCAUACAUACUGCCAGCUUUAAUUCAUUUGCUUCAACAGCCUACUCCCCGCAUUAAACGUAUUGGACCAUCUGUCCUUAUAUUGGGACCAACAAGAGAGCUCGUGUUACAAAUCCAUGAUGAAAUAACAAAAUAUUUGCAUGACAAUAUCAAAGUUGUCUGUGUAUAUGGUGGUGGUGUAUCAGCAUUAACUCAUCAACAACUUAUACAAGCUGAGAAACCAGACAUUAUUGUGGCCACACCAGGAAGGCUUAAUGAUUUGGUUGGUAUACAAGCCAUUAAACUCGAUCAUGUGUCUUAUAUGGUCCUUGAUGAAGCGGACCGCAUGUUAGACAUGGGUUUUAAGAAUCAAAUAGAAUUGUCACUAAGACAUGUGCGCCCGGAUAAGCAAACAAUUUUAACAAGCGCCACAUGGCCAACAUCUGUUCAAAAUUUGGCCAAUUUCUUUACAAAAAAUCCAUUACAUAUUACAAUUGGUUCUCUUGAUUUAUCUACUGUGGAUUCUGUAACUCAAAAAGUUAUAAUACUUAAAGAACAUCAAAAGGAAGGUUGGUUGGAUAACUUCAUUAGCAAUGAUCUCUCCAAGAACGAUAAAGUCAUAAUAUUUAUGCGCAAAAAAACGUCAGUUGACAAAAUGUAUGAAAAUUUCAAAAGUAAAAAUAUUGGAUGCAGAUGUAUACAUGGUGGAAGACUUCAAGCCGAUCGAGAAGCAUCACUGGCCGACAUACGUAAUGGUGUGGUAUCCAUACUUAUUGCUACAGAUGUGGCAUCCAGAGGAAUAGAUAUUCAUGAUAUUAGUUUGGUUAUUAACUAUGAUUUUCCUUUAAAUAUUGAAGAGUAUGUUCACAGAGUUGGUAGAACUGGUAGAGCAGGAAAAACAGGUUCAGCAAUUACUUUGUUUUCUAAAUAUGAUAAAUUCAACGCUUCUCCCCUUAUUGGUGUUUUGGAAAAGUCUAAACAACCAAUUCCACCAGAAUUAUACACAAUGACUUCUCAGUAAACAUUAAUUUAAAUAUUAAAAUUACCUACACUACUAUUUUACGCUUCAAUAAUUAAAUAAAUAUAUAUAAUUAUUUAAAUUAUAUUACUAUUAUUAUCUUCA